UCGCUUCAAUACACGAUUCUGAAAAAUUUCGUUGCAUUCUUUGGUCGCAAAUUUGGCCCUGGGCCAAUGCAGCAAACUUUUGCCAAUUAUAUACAUAUGUAUGUAGGUAUGUGUAUAAAAAACAUCGAAAGCUCGGUGGAAAGCAAAAGUUUCGCCGUUCAUACGUUUUUCCCACUCGUUUGUGUGCAAAAUGAAACGUGUGCAUACGCGAACGGUCGUGAAAACUCGGCUUCCUUUUAUAUACAUUUUUAUUUUAGUUAUUACUAAAAAAUUCUACAAUUUCUACAAAUUUUAAAGAAAAUAGUGCAAACAAACUAAAACAUUUUUAAAUUAAUUGUGCAAUGUCAAUAAUAUUUUGCCUAAAUUUAAUGCAAAACAAAAACUGUUAAACGCAGAAAUUUUGUUGUAGUGCAAGUUUGCCUCAAUGUCACUAGAGAACAACAAAACAACAAAUUGCUUAAUUAAAUACGGCAAACAGUUAAAUAUUUAUCAUUAGAACCAUAGUGAUCGCUUAUACAUACCUACACACAUACAUACAUACAUGCAUAUGUGCCCAUGUCUGCUGAAGAAAUCAUGCUGUGAUUAUAAAUGCAAAAACCAAAGCAAAUUAACCGCAACUAUUUAGUCAAAUCGAGCGCAUAAUUGAGUGAAUAAGAAGAAGAAGAAUAAGAAUAGAAGAAGCAUAGUCCGUUUGAAAGAGUGUGAUACGCCAAGCGAAAUUGUGUGCAAUUAGAUUGUGAAUUCCAAAUGCCUUAAUGGUGUGAGCAUUGAACAAACAUUAAGUACAACAGCUUUAUCAAUACAACAAAACAUACACAUCACCUACAACAACACAACCACAACAACUACUACUGCUUAAAACAAAAACGAGAGUAAAAUAAAUAAUUUAUAGAAAAAAUCGUUAAUACAAUAAAUUAGUUGUCGAGAAAAUCGAUAACAAAAUAAAAAAUAUAUUGACAAAUAUAUAGAAUUCAUAAUUUAAUAUAACGGAAAAAUAAAAAAAUAAAAAUUAAUUUAUCGAAAAAAUCGAUACCAAAGAAAAAUAUAAUCGAAAAAGUUAUCGAAGAAAAAUUAUCGAUUACUUGCAAAUGUUUAACAUUUGCCACACGAGUAAGUUGAAAAACUUUGCGCCGUCAUGAGCAUUGAUGUCACAGCGUCUCAUGAUGUCGCCGAAACUUCCAACACAGACGAUCCAGUCUCCAGCUGUGAGAUCACAGAGGCCGAUACGACCAGUUUUGAAAUUGACGAAAGUGAGGAUGAGGCCACCAUUACCGACCAGCUGGUCGAUGAUGUGGCCACCGCCCCGCCACUAAAUGUCGCCAAUGCGAUCGCACCGUUGUACAACAAUGGCGAGCGCAAAAAUAGCAACGUUGGCCGCAGCAGAAGCAAAAGCCGUAGCAGCAGUCACAGUCGCAGUAGCAGUAAUAGCAGUAGCACUCGCAGCAACAGCAGCACCUACAGUAUCAGCAAUAUACCAAGGGAUGCCAAUGCGAAUGUAGCAAGUGAUCUCAACAAAAAUGAAUUUAUAGCCGUUGUUACUAUAAAUACGCUUAAUCCACUAACGACCAGCAAUCUUGCCGACGAACAAACAACCGUUGUUGUUGAACAACAACAACCCCGUGCGCAACAACAACCAGAACGCACUAAGAAUACGCCAGCGAUUUUCGCCAGCGCCGACACGGAGGAUAAUAGUGGUUCAAAGACAUCCACUGCCUCGCACACCACUUCAUCGACGCCCACAACGGCAGAUGUCGCUAAUGUCGUGAUGGAUGCUUCUGCUUUUAAUUUAUUGAAGAAAAAUGCCGCGCUUGCUCUGCCAGCGACUCAAGCACAGUUACAAAUGAUGGUCGCUUCGGCGGCAGUUACUGCACAACAACAACAACAACAGUUUUUAAUAGAGUCAAACAAUGCAACUUCCAUAUCCGAGGACAAUAUAUCGUUUUCCAUAGCAACAACUACAACAACAACUAUCACUGAUUUAGACACAGACAAUAUUUGCACCGUUAGUCCAGAUGCUAAGCUAAUGCUGACCAAACGUGCACUACUACAAAAUCAAUUAGCUAAUUUAAGUCAAAAUCAAUCGCCUUCGGCGAGCGCAGCUAAUGAUCCAACAACAACACUGUCAUAUGUAACGAGCGGCAAUGAUAUGCCACUUCCGCCGGUGGUAACGGUGAAAACGCAAUGGCGCUGGGUGAAUUGGACGCGUUGGCUCUGCUUGCACUUUAAG